CCUUUUUUUUGUAGUCAUCAUAGGGAAGAAUUUCCUAGCCAAUUGCUCUUAGGGCUACGCUAACACCUACUUCAGCGAACUGUAGUUGGGUUUCCGCACUGGGGCUGUUCUUGUGAAUUAGAUUAUUUGGAUUUCUCGCAGUGCCGCUUUUUCACUCCUUUAUUGAUAGGCAACGCGACUGAAGCUCCAGGUGUGUGGGAAACCCUGAAUUAAUAGUACAGUACUCAAGAGCUGGAUGCAAGAUCACGGUCUGUGUGAAAUUUAUCCGAAGUAGACAAAGAGCGAUGAUACGAAGACCGCAGCAACAAUGCCGCAAAAAAGGGAAAGGCAAAUAAUUUAGUUUUCUCGGCCUUUUUGCUGCGCUCUAAUGGUGGUUCUGAUUUUUGCAGCCCGCGUGUGGCAUGCCUGCUCAUUUUUCAAAUUACUGCAUUCAUUUUAGUGCUAAAACAUUAAGUUGGAAAACAAAUAGAAAAAAGAAAAACAAAUAUUGACAAAUGAAAAGAACAAAGAAGCAUAUUGUUAGGCCAAUACCAUUUUUAUAUAAAACUUGAUUAAUUUUUCCAUUUUAUCAAUACAGUGGUAGUUUGAAAUAAGACAGCAAACACAUAGUUAAUCCAGGAUUACAAAUAUGGAAUGGUAAUCUUUCCAUUGUGGCAAACAAAUCAUUUUUUGCUAUGCCCAUGUUUGGUUAAUCCGUAGUUCUUAAAUCAGUACAGAGUUUAUACAGAGUUCCAGUUCACAUUCAUUUUUUAAUGAACUAAUCUUUAAACAUAUUCUGUUACAAUAAGAAUGGCAAAGAUUUUUUUCCCGCUUACUGCACCUGUGGAUUCCUGUCCUAUAUUUUUCUUCAAAGUGAUCCAGAUCCUCUUAUAUGCAAGGACAAAUGGGGCAAGAGGCUAUGGGCUAUCCAGAUCGCUUUAUGACUUUCCUUGUGGAUAAGUUCCUUCUGUCUGCUUUGGUUUGGAAAGCAGUUGGCCAAAAUCAGAUGACUAUGAGAAUCUACUAGCUGCAGAGGCACUGUUGGAGCUGUGCUUAAAAGAGAACCUUGCCAAAAUCAAAGAAACCAUACCAUUAAUGGAAAAAAACGAGCCCAAACUGAGUGACGCCAAAAAAUGUUUGACUGACAUUCUAAAUCGAGGGAAAUUACUGCCAAAAGAUAUGACAGAAGCAAUGUUGCUCCUUGCAAAGCUUCAUUAUAUUGAAGGCUGUUACUGGGAGACUUUAAGCAUGUAUGCAAGAGCUGGCCUUGAAGACAUUGUAGUGGAGAAGAAACCUUUAUACAAGCUGCGUCUGCUAACCGAAGCUUUUGUUAUUAAAGGCUUGGCACUGGAACGCUCACCCAAUUCCACUGCUUCUCAAGUCCGACUGUCAGAAAGAGAAGAGGAAGUCAUGAUUUGCUUUGAAAGGGCAUGUGUAAUCGCUCAGAUUUUCCUGCAAGAACUGGAGAAGAGGUUUAAUAAUACACAUACAAGAAGCAUAAAAGGCAGUCAGAUGUCUUCCUUGGAUUUUGAACUUCCUUACUUUCUGGAAGCAGCUCUACAAAGUGCAUAUGUGGCUCAUUUAAAGAGAGGCAACAUUAUUCAAGGAAUAAGAAAUCUAAGAGAAUUGUUAAGGACCAUGGAAACAAAAGCUACUCAGAGCUUCAGAAUGGCAGCCACCAAACAACUGGCAGAGCUUCUCCUCCACUCCCUAAGUGAAGAUUGUUACUGGAGUCCUUUGUCUGACCCACUUCCUGAGUUCAUGAAGAAAGAGGAUAACACUUAUAUUUGUACUACCUUGCGUCUAAAACUACAGCAACAUGCUGGAGAUAACAUCUAUAGCCCUCAUGACAACGUUGAAGAAGCUCUCCUCCUCCUCCUGAUCAGCGAAUCCAUGGCAAACCAGGAUGCAGUAAUCAGCCGAGCUCCUGAUCAGAAAGAUGAUCGAGCCAUCAGUCUCCAGAGUGCAUCAGCAGUUUAUGAUCUUCUGAGUAUCACUCUGGGAAGAAGAGGACAGUAUGUCAUGCUUUCUGAGUGUUUAGAAAGAGCAAUGAAGCUUGCAUUUGGUGAAUUUCAUCUCUGGUACCAGUUGGCUCUAGCCAUGACAGCUUGUGGCAAGGGCUAACCAGAAAGUCAGUAU